AUGCAUCUCCACAGGGUGCCCCUCCGCACGGGGCAGCAGCCCGCUGCGCGGCCAGGCGCGGCGCUGACGGCGCGGGCCGGGGCGAAUCCCUUCUCCAACGGGUGGGAAGGCGUCAAGCGCGCCGCCAACGGCGUUCAGCAGGAUGCGAAGCGGCGUUUCGACGAGGCCAAGGUCGGCGAGAAGCUCAGCGACGCCGCGCGCGUCGCGGGGAGGAAGGUGCGGGAGACCGCCUCCACAGGGGCCGAGGAGCUCAACAGGAGCGCCCGCCGGAUCGAGAACGAGUACGGCGUCUCCGACAAGGCCAAGGGCGCGUGGCGCAAGGCCAAGCAGGCCGCACGCGACGCCGACAACUCCAUGGGCAUUUCUACAAAAGCACGGGCGUUCCGGCGGGACUGGCCGAUGUACAAGCACAACAUCAGCGUGUUCCUCUCAACGCCGCUGGGGCGCUUCCUGACGUUCGGCGCCACGAUCUUCAUCUUCGUGUCCGGCCUCUGGCGCCCCCUCCUCAACUGCACCAUCUGGCUCUGCUUUUUCGGCCCGAUCAUCUUCGCGCCGGUGCUGGCUGCCUAUGCGCGGAUGAAGACGGACGAGGAGGCAGCCAGGGUCGCGGAGGCGCAGCGCCGCCGCCGGAACCCUGCGUACAACUUCACGCAGACGUGGCGGGAGGCAACGCAGGGCGUCGGGGCGUCGGGGCGGACGCGGGCGCGGAAGGACAGCGACGACGACGAGGACGGGCCCAUCAUCGACGUCGAGGCGGAGACGGUGGAUCGCAAGCGCUGA